ACCGUCAAUAUAAUCACGGAAACACAACUCGUUUUGGCAAUUCGGGGCCUUUUUACUCUCAUAAAUUUACACGGAUUGAAAAAAGGUGCCACCAUGACGGGAGCUGCAUCGCAAGCUUGUUUUGUUGACACUCCGGAGGACUUUUGCGCGGUUAUUUUGGCGUCCACCGUCGGUGCCCGUCUUUUUCCUCUCACGUCCAUCCAAACGCCGAAACAUCUCUUGCCGAUGGCGGGAGUUCCAAUUUUGCUGCGCCUUUUACGGGUGAUACAAGCGAGUAGCUUUGCUUCCUGUGUGGUGGUGGUUGCACCGGACGAUGUUGCGACAAUUCCUCUCUUGCAAGAACAGGCAAACGUGACCCAACUCGCUGCGCAGCCCCAUCCGGUCUGGAACAUUGCGCCACCAGAUGCCGACCCUAACGGAACGAUCAGCUCCGCAAUGAAGCUUACGGUCUUUCGGUUGACAGAAGACUGCCCAGGAUCAGUCGAAGCACUCCGUCAGGUCGAAACGGCGGCGCUUGUCGAUCGAGCUUCUCAUAUGGUAGUACUGCCGGCAGAUUUGGUCGUCCUCGGCUUGGAAGAAACCUUGCCCCACCUGGUGCAUACGCACCGACAGGCUCUCUUACAAGCCACUCUGGAAGUAGAGAGAGUCGAACCUGCUUGUACUAUACUCCUAGCGGACGUGGGCGAACAAGACGAACACGGCUUGCCAUUGAAAGAGUCCGCCAAGCAGAAGAAAGGCGGACUGGCACGGGAAGAGGAAGAGAUCGAAUACGUAGCACUAUCCUACGAAUCGGAAAAAGACAACUCGCCGCGAGUUGUCUGGAAACAGCCCAAAAUCGAUGUAGAAGAAGACCGGGAUAUGACUGGGGCGACUCCCAAACUCGUCUUGCCCAAACCACGACUGCGACAGGGUUGUAUUACGCGAGUUCGCACCGAUUGGAGUGAUCUGCACGUGUAUGUGUUCGCGCCAUGGGUCCGGCGCUUGAUUACUUCUCGAACCGGCUUAGUGUCCCUUCAAGAAGAUUUGCUGCCACUCUUGAUUUCUCGACAGUUUCAAGGUGUCGUGGAAACCUUCGGAAGCAAAGCAGACAAGGACAUAUUGGAUGAGGUUUUGAAACUGAAUACUAAAACGGAAAACACGUUGACUGAAUCGAAUCUGUUGGACGGUAGCACCAAUACUGAAAUUCACCGUCUUUCCACACCUCGCCAAAGCGAAACUGCCGCACCGGAAGGAAAAAGAUAUUCAGUGUUGGCUCGUGUGGUACAAUCGUCGGCACUGCGGGCGCAUUCCGUUGCUUCCUAUUUGUACGCCUCGAAAGAGGUUUCCAGUAGGGCUGUGCAAGAUCCUACGGUGACAAACACAGAUCCUUGUCUCUUCGUUCCGAAUGGUACAUCGCACAAGCCUAAGUAUCAGUCCGUUUUCUUGCCCGACGUUCAAAUGGGCGACAAAGUGACACUCAAGUCGUGCGUUGUCGGGCGACGGUGCCAAAUUGGCACCAAGUGCCGUCUCAACAAUGUGGUGCUCAUGGAUGAUGUUGUCAUUGGAGAGAACACAAUUCUUCAGAAUUCCAUUGUCAGUCGCCACAGUGUAAUCGGAGAGAACUGCAAUCUGAACGACUGUCAAGUAGGACCAAAUCAAAUGAUUGCGCCAAUGACAAAGGAAAAGGGCGAAACGUUUCUGGAAGCAUAG